AUGGAGAUGAUGGAGGGGCCCGUGGAGGGCAUGAAGUACGACUCGGAAGACUCACCUAAUUCUAUCUCGCCUCUGCCGCCCGUCCUGCGACAUGGCCUUGGGGCAGUCACCACUUUUGGCUUCUUGUCUUUCUUUGCUAGCCUUGGGUUAUUUGCUUUUUUGACAUACAAGUUGAUCAUAUGGCAGAUACUACCCCCGGGAGAGCAAGAAGAAAGUCCAGUCAGUUCAGAGCCGGAGUCGCCGACGGCCUCAGACGUGAACGGGUUCCUCGUACCAAAGACAGCGUAUCGAGAGGAAUGGCCUCCUCCGCCUCCGUCACCAAGGGAGACCAAAACCACGUUCAUGUCCCGGAUACGGAGGGAACCACCGAACCAGUUUCUCAUCUUGAUAUACAACCUUCUCUUUGCAGACAUCCAACAAGCAGUAGCCUUCAUGCUCAACGUGGAGUGGUUGACAAAGGACUCGAUUGAUGUCGGCACACCGACAUGUUGGGCACAGGGCUGGUUCGUCUCUGUUGGUGACCUCGCGUCGAGCGUGUUCAUUGCGGCUAUCGGAGUGCACACAUACCUCGGCGUUAUCAAGAAUUACAGAGUACCAACGUGGGGAUUCUACUUGGCUAUUGUAGGCAUGUGGUCUUUUGUCUACGGAGUCACCAUGCUGGGUGUCCUCGUCACGGACAACGGGGUUAAUGAUGGCGGAUACUACGUCAGAGCCGGGGCAUGGUGCUGGGUCAACCCGGCCUACCAAGACCUGCGCCUCUACACACACUAUCUCUGGAUCUUCCUCGCGCUCGCCCUGACCUGGGCCAUCUAUCUGGUCAUCUUCUUCCACCUCCGCUUCCACAGCAAACACUCACCAACCUGCUGCAUGGCAUCUGCGGCGUCAUCCAUCGCAACCGGCCGGCGUGGCUCCAACGCCACCAUCUCACAGGCAGAGCACUACCCGAAUCCAGACCCCAACGGGCCCUCACCGCCACCCCUGCUCAUCCCCCCAUCUCCGUCACGGUCAACAAUGACCGACAUGACGACCAAGCGACUCCCUCCGAUCCCGCGCUCCGCCCGCCACCCGACGUUCCUCCUCUACCCCAUCAUCUACAUGCUCUGCACUACGCCCCUGGCUGCCGGAAGGAUUGCCUCCAUGGCCGGCCGCGACGUCAAGCUGGCCUACUUUUGCUACGCGGGCAGCAUGAUCGCCUCGGCGGGGUGGCUCGACGUGCUGCUCUACAGCUGGACGCGGCGCUCCAUCGUCUUCUCCGGCGGCGCUCCCCCCUCGCAAGACACGGGGCUCGAGACCUUUGCCUUUAUGCGCACGCCCGAGGGCCGGCAGUUCGGCAACGUCGUCUUUGUGUCUGGCGGUGACGGCGGGGCCAAGUGCCAGCAAGAGAAGAGGUGGAAGAGGUGGAACGAGAAGGUUGUCACCGGUGCGAGCCUGCGGACGCUCAGGGGCGACAACAUCAAGAUGGCGAGCAAGGACUCUCUGAGGGGCUUUGGUAUGGGGGCCGGGGAGGUCAUGGGGAUGGCGAUACAGUGCGAGACGGUGACGACUGUUUCGGUCGAGCAGGUUGACCAGACGCCGACGCCGUCGCGGGCAGAGAGCCGGAGUGGGAAUGAGAAGGACGGAGGGAUGAAAUAA